GGAGCAGAGCAGGGGCGCGGCGAGGGGCGGUUCCCGCGCCGAGGCCGCAGGUUACUACAGGCCGGGCUUCCAUCGCAGGGUACUUCUGUUGGCAGUUGUCUCAGUACGUUCUUCCCGGGACCAGUCCACAGCUUUGUGUAGGAGCAAGAUGGAGGCUGAUCUGUCUGGCUUUAACAUCGAUGCCCCCCGUUGGGACCAGUGCACUUUCCCGGGACGGGUGAAACACUUCUUCAAUAUCACAGACCCGCGCACCAUCCUGGUCCCAGAUCGGGAGCUGGACUGGGCCAAGGGGAUGGUAGAGAAGAGCAGAAUGGGGGUUGUGCCCCCGGGUACCCAAGUGGAGCAGCUGUUGUACGCCAAGAAGCUGUAUGACUCAGCCUUCCACCCUGACACCGGGGAGAAGAUGAACGUCAUUGGGCGGAUGUCCUUCCAGGUCCCCGGCGGCAUGAUCAUCACGGGCUUCAUGCUCCAAUUCUACAGGACGAUGCCAGCGGUGAUCUUCUGGCAGUGGGUGAACCAGUCCUUCAAUGCCUUAGUCAACUAUACCAACAGGAAUGCAGCUUCCCCCACGUCUGUCAGGCAGAUGGCCCUUUCCUACAUCACAGCCACAACCACUGCGGUGGCCACUGCUGUGGGCAUGAACAUGUUGACGAAGAGAGCUCCACCCCUGGUGGGCCGCUGGGUGCCCUUUGCCGCUGUGGCGGCUGCUAACUGUGCCAACAUCCCAAUGAUGCGACAGCAGGAACUCAUCCAGGGCAUCUGCGUGAAGGACAGGAAUCACAAUGAGAUCGGUCAUUCCCGGAGAGCUGCAGCCAUAGGCAUCACCCAAGUGGUUAUUUCUCGGAUCACCAUGGCAGCCCCUGGCAUGAUCUUGCUCCCAGUCAUCAUGGAAAGGCUGGAGAAGCUGCAUUUCAUGAAGAAAGUCAAGGUCCUGCACGGCCCAUUGCAAGUUCUGCUGUCUGGCUGCUUCCUCAUCUUCAUGGUACCAGUGGCUUGUGGGCUCUUCCCACAGAGAUGUGAACUGUCAGUUUCUUAUCUGGAACCAGAACUCCACGACACCAUCAAGGCCAAGUAUGGAGAACUUGUGCCUUAUGUCUACUUCAAUAAGGGCCUCUAAAUGCCCCAUCCCAGCAAGGACUAGUCUAUACCCAUAUUCACCUUCCUUAGCUGCCUUGUACACCUGUGCCCUCAUUUCUUUGCCAACAGGGCCUAAAGGUCAGGGUGGAUUUGGGGGGUGGGGAGCCUCAUGUUUUUUUACCCAGGUAUGGGUUAUUGGACUCCAGGGGAUAAAAGUGAGCAAGGGGAGGAAAGACCAAGUCUUUUAUCUGCCUCCGCCCCCCCGCCCCAACCACCAUCCCCUGGGGACCGGGAGCUGAGACUUCCUGAGGGAGAAGUUGCUGGAACCUGGGGGAGAUAAUCAAGCAAACCAUUUGGAAAAAUUAGGAAAUCUUUGGAAUUCUAAUUCUGGCCAGGACUGGGGAGGAGCCCCUGGGAUAAAGGGAAGCUCCCAGCCCUGUUUCUUCUUCCCUUCCUCCUCAUCUUGUCUCAUGCUACAGAACGUUUUGCCCCUGCAAUUCUAGCUAACUCAGGAAGGGAGAGGGAAGAAGUCUGUUGUCACCUUGGGGCUCUUCUCCAUUCUUCCCCAUAUUCCUCUCCAGUGCCCCCUUAUCAGAGUGUCUUUGGGAGUGCUGCUAAACUUGGGUUGAUCAAGCACCCACGAGUUCUUAGUGCUAAAAAAAAAGGCCACUGCAUGAGGCAGCAAAGUUUCAUGGUGCUCUAAGCCCUGUGACACUGACUUUGUUCUCCUGUGCUAAAAUCAUGUCUGAUUUUACAUCUCUGUGUUUAAAAGAUAAAUCCACUAACUGUGAGUAAAAAUCAUAUAUGUAGAUAUUAACAACACAUUUUAAUGGGUGUAUUUUCCUAGCUCCCUCCCUUCCUCAGCCCAUUGGGUUAAACACCAAAGACUGGUGCGUACUGAAUAGGAAAGGGGAGUUUUAUUUAGAUACCUCUGAGAAUUAAUCAGUCAGGACCAAAGAGCCUUAAAGGACACACAGCAAAGUACAGCCAUUUGCCGUUCCCAUCUUGGCUGCUCUAGGUGAUUUUUCAGGCUCGGGCCGGGGGGGCAUGGAAGGAGACCAUUGUGGCUUACCUGGGAUCAAUGUUUGUAUUGAGUUCUGUCUAGUAGAAUUUACUGACGAUUCAAAGGAUAUCACUGUGAAUCAAAUAAAUUUCUUGAAAAAGCACAAUGAACUGUCUGCAGACUGAGUUAAUAAAGCCUGG